AUGCCGCCAAAAGAUGAGAAGCCUGCGAAGCCGCGGAGGGAGGUGAAAGAGGAAGAAGACGACGACGAUGAGAAGAGCUUGGGUUCGAUUGCGUUGGAGCGCAAGAAGAAGCAACCCACGAAAAGCAGUGGCAAUGCGAAUGGAACGGCGAAAUCUACGGGAAGAGAAGCCGCUAAGGUGAAGAAGGAGGACAAGAUGGACCAAGAUUGGGAUAAGGCCACGAAGGCGAAGCCUAAACAAGAAGCCAGAGUGAAGAAGGAGGAGAACGGCGGCGAUAGCAACGAGGAAUUGGGUUUGAAGCCGAGAAAGGGUUCGAAUUCAAAGCCCCAAAAGGAAAUCAAGGACAACAAGGUGAAGAAAAUGGAGGAGGAGGAGGAGGAGAAGGGGAAGAAGAGGAAGGCGUCGGAGGCUGCGACGGAGGAGAAGAAGAAGAGGGAGAAGAAGGUGUAUGAUUUGCCUGGUCAGAAGAAGGACCCUCCCGAGAAGAAGGACCCACUCAGGCAAUUCUACGAGUCGCUUCACGAGCAAAUUCCGAGUAGCGAGAUGGCGCAGUUCUGGAUGAUGGAGUACGGUUUGCUACCCAAAGUGGAGGCGGAGAAAGUGUUUGAGAAGAAGCAGAAGAAGAGUCAACUGCAAAAGCUCACUUCUCCAACAAAAUCUGUAUCUUCUGUAAAGACAAGCACAAAGUCAGUUACUGUUAAGAAGAACACACCAUCACCCGCAGCGCCUUCAAAUAACAAGAAACCGACAACAGUCUCCAAAAGCGCAACAAACCAGUCGAAGAAGCAGAAGACGGAAGAUAGCAGCUCAGAGAGAGACUCUGAUGAUGACUUUGUGGCCAGAAUAGUAAAGAAGAAGCAAGCAGCUUAGUUGUGCUAUUUGUUUGUCAUUAAUCAAUCACAGCCUUGGGGCAUUUGUUCUGCUACCUUAUUAUUCGGCAUUCGGAUGUAAUUAACUUUCAUUAAUCGGAUUGUAGCGACGUUUUAACAAAAGAUUAAUCGAUGGUUUAUCAUUUAGUGUUUGUA